UCGACUCAAGUCUGCAGCGCUCGGCAGGGCCGGGAUCGAGGGGCUGCAGCUGCGGGACACGAGCCGGGCCGGGCGGGGAUCCGCCGGGCAGGGCCAUUCCCUUCCGGCCGCGCCCGGGCCCGGCCCCGUCUGCACGCACCGCGGGGCCAGCCCGCCCGUGCCGGGAAGCGGGGACGGUCCUUGUCCUUGUCCCUGUCCCUGUCACUGUCAGUGUCAGGGCCCCCCAUCGCGUGCGACCUGGCCGCGGGCAUGCCCCGGCCCGGGCGAUCGGAAAGGAAGAGCCCCUGAUCGCCGACGGGAUCCCGGCUGCACCCACCUGUCUUAAGGAGACAGAGGAUUCCCCCUCCACCCCAGUGCUCCUUUGGCCCCUUGGUUACGUGGCCAUCCGAGCCCCGGCUGCGCUGGGCUUGCAGGGUUUGACUGCAAUCAAAUCUAUCUAGCCGGGAACCCUGGCUUUGAGCGUUGCUUUCUGCAAAAAAAAAAAGUGCGUUCUUGUGGUUUGAGAUCCGGGACUCGUUUCACCUCUCGACGCGUCGCGCUUUUAGAGAGAGACGGCUCAAGAGCCUGGAAGCUGGUAACAGGUGCCGUGCAAGAGUGCAAGAGCCCAGGGUAGGGUGAGGCUUCCCCCGGCGGAGACCAUGGCUGCUGCGUUGGAGCCCGUGGCCGCUGUGGGCCUUCCUUCCGCAGCGCUGGUGCAGGGUGAGGUGAAGAUGGAGGAGCGGGACGCAGCAGGUCUCCAGGCAGGAGCUGAGGGGACAGGACAAGUCCAUUGUGUCCUCCAGGCUGGGACUGGGGAGCUGUCCCUGAGAUGGUCAGCACCACAGCAAGUCAAACAGCAAUUGCAGGAGGAGCCAGUUCAGUGCCAGGAGAUCCAGGGGGAGGAGGCAAUGCAGCCUGUGCAGUCCCCAUCUGGGGCCACACAGCUGGCACCAGGGGAUGUCCUCCCCACCCCAGAGACCUGGCGCCAGCACUUCCGGAGCCUCCACUACCAGGAGGGUGAGGGGCCGCGGGGGGUUUGCAGCCGCCUGUGGGAGCUGUGCCGGCGCUGGCUGGAGCCCCAGCGCCACAGCAAGGAGCAGAUCCUGGAGCUGGUGGUGCUGGAGCAGUUCCUGGCCAUCCUGCCCCGGGAGAUGCGGAGCUGGCAGUGGGGACAUGGUGUGGAGACCUGCGCUGAAGCAGUGGCCCUAGCUGAAGGGUUUCACUUGGGGCACGCAGAGAACGAGAGGCUCCAGGUCACAGUGAGUGUGAACGUCAAAGAGGUGUCCUCAGGCACGAUGCAGCCCACUGGGGACUUUCAGGGACUUGUUGAUUCCUGCCUGGAGCAUCCUCUGGAGGAGGCAGGACAGAGGGAAACUCCAGGGACUGGGGACAAGUCAGCUCUUGUCCCCAAAGAGGAGGAGCCCCUGCCCCACCAGGAGUCAGGUGCAGGGACCCUGGACAGAGCUGAUCAGCAGCCUCCUGAGGAAGAGCCUGUAAACUGGGAGCUGCAGAGGACUUCCCCAGGGAGGCUGGGAGAGAGGGGCUCCCUGACACCUGAUCUGGGCCAAGUGCAGAAGAGGCAGAGCAGGCCUCCGAAGCAGGGGGAGAGCACGGAGCUCCUGGAGGUCUUUGAGGCCGUGGCUGUGUACUUCACACGGAAGGAGUGGGAGCUGCUGGGAGAUGAAGACAAGGAGCUUUACCGGGACCAGAUGCUGAGGAAUUUCCAUGCCCUCGUUUCCCUGGGAUAUGGAGGUCCCACACCUAACUUAAUCUGCCGCAUCCAGCAAGGAGAGUUGGAGCUCUGGGUCUGUGAGGAUGAGGACCAUGGGGAAAUCUCCAGGACAGAGGACCUGUCACCAGGAGGUGCCUGCCUUCUGAGCAGAGCUGAGGAACAGCGUCCCGAGGAAGGGCCAGCAAACGUGGAGCCACCACAGACUUCCCCAGGGACUUUGGGUGAGAUGGGCUCCCUGAGACCUGAGAAGGACCAAUGGCAAAAGGGUCAGGAGAGGCUUCAAAAACAGGAGAAUAUAGCAGUGAACCAGGUACCAUCUCCAAUGGGGUGUGAGAUUGGAGAAGAGACAACAGCCAGAAAGAGCCCUGAGUUCAGGGGACAAUUUGUGGAGUUGAGAGGCCUGAAGAGCCUGGAUCACAGCAAGAUCCAUUCUGGAGAGCUUCCCCACCGCUUCAUCAAAUGUGCAAAGAGCUCUGUGUGCAGCCUGGACCUGGUCAAGCACCAACAUGUGCACAGGGAAAAGCGUCAGUACCAGUGCAUCACGUGUGGUAAGACCUUCACCGAGUUCUUCUCCUUGGCUCAGCACCGGCACGUCCACUUGGGGAGGAAGACACGUCGUUGCACCAAGUGCAGGAAGAACUUCAUCUGCUGGCAAGACCUGUCCCGACACCGGUGUGUGCAGCGGGGGGAGCAGCCACACCACUGCACGAAGUAUGGGAAGCGCUUCAGGCGGCCCUCUGACCUGGCCCAGCACAGGUGCCUGCACACAAGAGAAAAGACACAUCAGUACUCUCCGUGUGGUAACAUCUUUAUCCGCUCGUCCAUCCUGGCCAAACACCAGCUCAUCCAGACAGGGCAGACGCCUUGUUCUGAUUCUGGGAAGAGCUUUACCCGCCCUUCCCACCUGGCACGGCACCACCUUGUGCACACAGGGGAGAACCUAUAUCCGUGCCCUGAGUGUGGGAAGAGCUUCACCCAAUCCUCCAGGCUGGCCCAGCACCAGCGCAUCCACACAGGGGAGAAGACACUUGGGUGCCCUGAAUGUGGGAAGUCCUUCAGCCGCUCCUCCAGCUUGGCCCGACACCAGCUUAUCCACACAGGGGAGAAGAGACAUCAGUGCUCUGUGUGCGGGAAGAGCUUCACCCAGUCCUCCACCCUCGUUCAGCACCAGCGCGUCCACACCGGGGAGAAACCACAUCGGUGUUCUGAGUGUGGGAAGAGCUUCACCCAGUCCUCUAGCCUGAGCCGGCACCAGGACCUCCACAGAGAAAAGGCACAUCAGUGUUUGGUAUGUGGGAAAAGUUUUACCCACUCCUGCCACCUGGCCCGGCACCAGCGCAUCCACACAGGGGAGAAGCCAUAUCGGUGCUCUGGGUGCGGGAAGAGCUUCAUCCUGUCCUCUAGCUUGGCUCGGCACCAGCGCCGCCAGACAGGGAAGGCAGACCAGUGUCUAGUGUGUGGGGAAAGAUUUACUCUUUCCUGCCACCUGGCUGAGCACCAGCGCAUCCACAUACGGAAAACCUCACAUCAGUGCACUGAGUGUGGGAAGAGCUUCACCGAAUCCUCCAGCCUGGCCCAGCACCAGCGCAUCCACAGAGCGGAGAGGCCACAUCAUUGCCCCGAGUGUGGGAAGAGAUUUACCCAAGCCUCCCACCUGGCCCGGCACCAGCUUACCCAUACAGCAGAAAAGCCACAUCAGUGCUCAGAGUGUGGAAAGAGCUUCACCCAGCCCUACAGCCUGUCCCAGCACCAGCGCAUCCACACAGCGGAGAAGCCCUAUCAGUGCUCUGAGUGUGGGAAGGGCUUCACCCAGUCCUCCCACCUGGCCCGGCACCAGCGCAUCCACACAGCGGAGAAGCCCUAUCAGUGCUCUGAGUGUGGGAGGAGCUUCACCCAGUCCUCCCACCUGGCCCGACACCAGCGCAUCCAUUCCCGGGAGCAUCCAUAAUUCUGGCAGCAAAGCAGGAAGGGCUUGCACAUGUCUACAUAUUUAGCACCCACCUAUGGCUGUAUUCAGGCAAACAGCCUCAUGCUGGGGGACUGCAGAAAACGUUCACCCAGCCUUCGGCCCUUGUAGGGCACUGCAACGCCCAAAGGACCCAGGGGGUGGCCUCUGGGAGGUUUGAUUGGUGGGCUGGGGCUAGGAGGUAACACCUGAGGCCAGCCCAGAUGCAUGCAGAACCUGUGAGGAGACUAUCUUUGCAUCAGCCCUGGAGCCUGUGCAUUCCCCAUCAUUUACUAAAAGCAGGCAGUGGUCCCAAGGGGAGAACGAGUUCCUUCAAAAUAGGGUGUCCUCUCCAAGACAACUGGCUUCAAAUGACACUCAAGAACUGUCACCUCCCAGCUUCAUCCUCCCUCCUGUUCCCAGGCUUCUGGUAUGUGAGGCUCUUGAGUUGCAGGAAGGAGGACAUUCAUGGCUGGGGAAGCAUUCCCUGCCCUCCACCCUGAACUCACCUUUCCUCACCGCCACCCAAACCCUCUCCCAGUCACACUCAGGCCCAUUAGGUGUCUGCAAGACACUGCUCUUGCCACCCCCUGAGCCUAGUUUAGCAGAUUUUGCUUUUCAGCCUGUCUUCAAAACUGUGCAGCACUGGGUGCCUGCUGCUCCCCCUGCCCUCCUUUCUUUCGCUGCAUUCUCUAUAAUGUGUUCUCUGCUCAAACAGACCCAGAACUGGUGGCCCUGAGGACUGGGGCAGUCGCCCACAGCCCUCUCCUUCGUCUCCCCUUGCCCCAUCUGCACUUCCCUUGGUGCAGGGACAGUCUGAGACGAGAGGCCUAGCAUCUGCUAGGCAGAUGCUUCUGGCUGGGGCUUGGGGUAGAGGGGCUGGAUGGGGGCAUGGGGCUGAGUUCUGCUGCUGGCUCCCCCUGGGUCCUACUGCCCCUGGCUCCUGCCAUCUUUGACAGGCAGCCAGGAGAUUAAAACUAAUUUUCUAAAUGUUUUAGGAGCCUUGCGGGCUGGAUAAAAUGGCCUGGCAGGCCGGAUGCAGCCCACAGGUCAUAUUUUGCCUGCCUCUGUGCUAGUGGGUUACUCCAAGAGGUUAAUAACUCAUCAUUGCGCAUGCUCCUUUAUUCAUUGCCUCUGUAACUGUCCUCUGCUGGUCUCUCCCAACAUAUAAAACUGUGGUCACUUUGUCUGUAUGACAGCACUUAAAAAAAAUAACCUCGUAACUUUUUUUCAA